UCGUGGUUGUGGCGAUUUCACGUGUUGCUGCUGCUUGGGGUCUUCCAUCCUAAUUGUAGUUGCGUCCUGUAACCCGGCGAAACAUGGGGAACGCCAAAACUACAAAGAAAAGAAAAAACCGCUACAACUACAGCAUAAAUCGUAAGAAGAAGCUGAAGAAGAAGGCCAAGCGUAGGAUCAAGAUCCAAAGUGUGCCCGUGAAAGAGGCCUGGGAGGAGACCAAAGGCGUCUACGACAACUUGCGGGACAUGGGUCUGGCCGCCGACCCCAACGAAGCCCUUUCGAUCGCGGGCAGCAGAAAAAAGGUCAAAGCACCCAAGCGAAUCGUCGUGAAGAAACUCGAAGAAGAAGCGUCGCAACCGACGGCGAACACGCUGCGUCUGUCUGGCGACAACGUCAAGUUCUGCGUCUACAUGCUGGAGAAGUACGACGAAGACUACGUGGCCAUGGCUAGGGACCGAAAAAACUAUUUCCAAGAGACGCCCGCACAGAUCCGGCAGAAGAUCCAGACGUUCAAGAAGAUACCGGAACAGUGGAACGCUUACCUGAGGGCGAAGGAAAUGGUGUGAGGCGGAACGCAGUGGCUGAAAUACAGGUUUUAUUCUGGGGCUAUCUGA